AUGGGCCUACUCCAAGGUCAGGUUGGCCUCUUGUCCAACAUCCUGCCCAGCUUCUCGCAGGUCCCCAUUGUAAUAGGAGCCCUGAUCGUGUCUGUGGGCUUGUACAGACUAUAUUUCCAUCCUCUCUCACACAUCCCUGGGCCGCCAUUCGCUUGUGUGUCUUCUUUGUUUCUAUACGCGAUCUGCUACUAUGGCACCGAAGGCCAUAUCCUUCUGUAUUAUCAUCAGAAAUAUAACACCCCGGUGCUAAGAAUAGCGCCCAACGCGGUUUCAAUCUCCGAUGGGGAUGCUCUUCAUUCCGUUUAUGUUGCCGGCGGCGGUCUACCGAAAGACGCCCGCUAUAGCAACUUCCGGGUGGAAGGACACGACACCAUCUUUUCAACCCUCGACACGGCCUACCGAGAUGCAAGGGCAAAGGCUGUCCUCCCUUUAUUUGCACCAAGCCGGAUCAGGUCUUCCUGCGAAGAUAAUGAGAUCAUCGGGCAAUUGGUGGACAAAUUUGUCACGCGUCUCGAGAUGGAUAAAGCGAGCGCUUCUAAGCCUCAGAACACUGCGUCGCCGGCGAAAAAGGUGGACAUUCUGGAUCUCUCAUCGCGUCUGUCCCUUGACGUUUUGACGGGAUAUCUCUUCAAUAAGAUCUAUGGGGGAUUGGACGAACGAGAAGAUAUCAACCCGACUACCACAUCCACGAUGAAGCCCCCUAGUGUUUGGGCAAACAAACUCUCGGCAACCCCAUUUGUCCUUGCGAUUGUGGCCUUUAGUCGCUUCUCACUAUUGCCCAACUGGCUCUUCAACCUCAUCUUCUCGGCUCUGGCGGAACGUGUGCUGUCAAAGGAGGACGUCCUCGCGUCCCUCAAGAAAGUCGAUGGCUUCACCAGUGGCAUUCUGGAGUCAAAUGCCAAUAUUCGCUCCAAGGCUGAUACGUAUCAGUCUCGAUUGCUAGCUGCGGGGAUAUCGCGCGCAGAGACCCUCAUUCAAUGCAAAGCCGCGAUGUUUGCCGGCGCUGACUCCACUGCCGUUAUCCUAGCAACUAUUCUCUUUCAUCUCGUUCGGUCCCCGGAUGUUCGGAAGCAGCUUCAAGAAGAGAUUGCAAAGAGUCCUGCAGGUUCCGAUCCCCAGGGACUGCCCUACUUACGGGCAGUCAUUCGGGAAGGGCUUCGUCUGGGAAUGGCCAACCCAGCACGUCUCACGCGGAUUGUGCCUCGGGACAGCAAGGGCUUGACUGUGAGUGGAUUUUAUCUCCCCCCUGGCACGAAAGUAGGCGCAGCGGCCUAUGUUUUCCAUCAUAACCCUCAGACAUAUCCUGCUCCAUUUGAAUUUCAGCCGCAACGAUGGUUGCCUCAGGGUAUCGAUAGGACGGACGGCGACAUGCAAGCCAGGCGCAUCCAAGAACGAGACAUGUUUGCGUUUGGCCUGGGAGCGCGAGCUUGUGUGGGUCGCAAUCUUGCCACUCAGCAGCUGUUUGUGACGGUCAAAGCCAUAGUUGAACGAGGUGUACUCGAAGGGGCAAGAACCUGUAAAGACAAGAUCGAAAUAAUAGAAUGGUUCAACGCGGAAAUCAUGGGGCAUACAUUGGAGAUAGAAUGGUAG